AUGACUGGAGGAGAUUUUGUUGCUCCGGCAGGUGCCCGGCACUACGAAGGUGGCCUCACUGCAUUUGUGUUGAUAACUUGUAUGGUUGCCGCGAUGGGUGGUCUUAUCUUCGGUUAUGAUAUUGGAAUCUCAGGAGGGGUGACUUCCAUGGAACCGUUCUUGCAAAAGUUCUUUCCAUCAGUUAUAAAAAAGAUGAACGAUGCAACAGCUCAGGAAAAUGAGUAUUGUAAGUUUGAUAGCCAGUUGUUAACGUUAUUCACUUCUUCUCUUUACCUAGCUGCGCUUGUAGCUUCCGUCUUUGCGUCUGCAGCCACCAGAACGUUUGGUAGAAAAUUUUCUAUGGUUGUAGGAGGCAUUGUGUUUUUAGUAGGUGCAAUCCUUAAUGGUAUUGCCGAAAACAUUGAAAUGCUUAUCAUUGGGCGUAUACUACUCGGUGUUGGUGUAGGAUUUGCUAAUCAGUCUGUUCCUGUUUAUCUAUCUGAAAUGGCACCCCCAACUAUGAGAGGAGCACUCAACAUUGGUUUUCAAAUGGCGAUUACAAUUGGGAUUCUGAUUGCAAAUCUUGUCAACUAUGGGACUGCCCAGAUAAAAGGUGGAUAUGGGUGGAGAAUUUCCUUAGGUCUUGCAGCUGUUCCAGCCUUGAUUAUGACUGUUGGGGGUUUGCUCCUACCAGACACUCCUAACUCACUUCUUGAGAGAGGCAAGACUGAAAAGGCAAAGAAAAUGUUACAAAGAAUCCGAGGCACCCCCAAUGUAGAUGAUGAGUUUCAAGAUCUUAUUGAUGCUAGUGAUGCUGCGAAAGAAGUUCAAAACCCUUGGAAGAACAUUCUAUAUCCUAGAUAUAGGCCUCAGCUUGUUAUCACCUUCCUCAUUCCUUUCUUCCAGCAACUCACUGGUAUAAAUGUCAUCAUGUUUUAUGCACCUGUUUUCUUCAAGACUCUAGGCUUUGGGGAUGAUGCUUCUCUCAUGUCCGCGGUUAUCACAGGCUGUGUCAAUGUGGUUGCUACACUCGUUUCUGUAUUUGCAGUUGACAGAUUAGGCAGAAGGAUUUUGUUCCUUGAAGGUGGCACGCAAAUGUUGAUUUGCCAGGUUGCGAUUGGAGUUAUUCUAGGCCUGAAGUUUGGCGUGAAUGGAAGCGGACAAAUGUCAAAGACGGAUGCAGACAUAGUAUUGAUUUUGAUUUGUGCAUAUGUUGCAGCAUUUGCGUGGUCAUGGGGUCCCUUGGGGUGGUUAGUGCCGAGCGAAAUAAACCCUCUCGAGGUUCGAUCAGCAGGGCAAAGCAUUAACGUGGCAGUGAACAUGCUCUUCACGUUCCUUAUUGCUCAAGCCUUCCUCUCAAUGCUCUGCCACCUCAAGUUUGGUCUGUUCUUCUUCUUCGCCGUAUUCGUGUUGAUAAUGACAGUUUUCGUAUACUUGUUCUUGCCUGAGACCAAAGGAGUACCCAUUGAAGAAAUGAAUCUUGUGUGGAAGGCACAUUGGUGGUGGGCAAGAUAUGUUCCUGAUGACUCUCCACCUACCUCUGGCAGCCUCCAGCUUACCACAAGCAAAGCUGUUUAA